CACAGGCGCCCGACGCGCGCUGCAGGUGGCAACUUGGAGGUGCCACCGCCGCCGCUGCGGGAGGAGCCCGGGUCUGGCGGCCCCUUCCAGCCUCCGGGAGCCCUUUCCCGCCGCCGAGCCUGGGACCCGACCCGGGAGUACCGGAAGGAAAGCGCCACUGCGCAGGGACCUGUGAGCAGCUCUACCUCUCUCCGUCCUUGCGCUACUUUUUUCACCGAGCAAGGUUGUGCCUGGGGGCUGGGAACAGGAUCCACGAGGAGCCCGACUGGAAGCCUCCAGCGACCCAGAACAAUCAACCAUGACGACCGAAUCGGGUUCAGACUCAGAAUCGAAGCCGGACCAAGAGGCCGAGCCACAGGAGGCGGCGGGUCCGCAGGGGCGCCCUGGGCCGCAGCCUGGGCCAGAGCCGCCCAGCGAGGAGCAGCAGGCCUUGGAGCAGUUCGAGGAGGCUGCGGCGCAUAGCACCCCGGUGCGGAAGGAGGUCACUGACAAGGAGCAGGAGUUUGCUGCUGCAGCUGCAAAACAGCUCGAAUAUCAGCAACUUGAGGACGAUAAACUUUCCCAGAAAUCAUCUAGCAGUAAACUCUCCCGGUCUCCUUUAAAGAUUGUCAAAAAGCCCAAAAGCAUGCAGUGCAAAGUGAUACUUCUGGAUGGGUCAGAAUACACCUGUGAUGUGGAGAAACGGUCCAGAGGGCAAGUGCUAUUUGAUAAAGUGUGCGAACACCUGAACCUGCUAGAAAAAGACUACUUUGGCCUUACGUACCGAGAUGCUGAAAACCAGAAGAAUUGGUUGGACCCUGCGAAGGAAAUUAAAAAACAGAUUCGAAGUGGUGCUUGGCACUUUUCAUUUAAUGUGAAAUUUUACCCACCAGACCCUGCCCAGCUAUCAGAAGAUAUCACCAGGUACUACCUCUGCUUACAGCUGCGAGACGACGUCGUGUCUGGCAGGCUGCCCUGCUCCUUCGUGACGCUCGCCCUGCUGGGCUCCUACACCGUCCAGUCAGAACUGGGAGACUACGACCCAGAUGAAUGCGGGAACGAUUACAUCAGCGAGUUCCGCUUUGCGCCAAACCACACGAAAGAACUGGAAGAUAAAGUGAUCGAGCUGCACAAGAGCCACAGAGGAAUGACACCAGCAGAAGCAGAGAUGCACUUCUUAGAGAAUGCCAAGAAACUGUCCAUGUACGGGGUAGAUUUACAUCACGCUAAGGAUUCAGAAGGAGUAGAAAUUAUGUUAGGAGUUUGUGCAAGUGGCCUAUUGAUAUAUCGUGACCGACUACGAAUAAAUCGAUUUGCCUGGCCCAAGGUUCUCAAAAUUUCAUACAAACGGAACAAUUUUUACAUUAAGAUCCGGCCGGGAGAGUUUGAGCAAUUUGAAAGCACCAUUGGGUUUAAGCUGCCAAACCAUCGAGCCGCCAAGCGUUUAUGGAAAGUGUGUGUUGAGCACCACACAUUUUUCAGACUGUUGUUACCAGAAGCACCUCCAAAGAAAUUCCUCACUCUGGGUUCCAAGUUCCGUUACAGUGGCAGAACGCAAGCCCAAACAAGAAGGGCCAGUGCGUUGAUAGAUCGCCCAGCGCCUUACUUUGAACGCUCGUCCAGCAAACGCUAUACCAUGUCUCGCAGCUUGGAUGGAGCGUCAGUGAAUGAAAACCAUGAAAUAUACAUGAAGGAUUCUAUGUCUGCUGCAGAGGUUGGUACUGGCCAGUACGCCACAACAAAGGGCAUCUCUCAGACCAACUUGAUCACCACUGUGACUCCAGAGAAAAAGGCCGAGGAGGAGCGGGACGAGGAGGACAACAGGAGGAAGAAGGCCGAGGAAGCCACACCUGUCGCUGCAGUCCGGCCGGAGGGAAAGUCACCUGGGCUUGGCACCGACUCAUGUCCCCUGUCACCCCCAUCAGCCCAUCAUACCCCUGCAUCCUCUACAGAGCUGCGUCGGAGGUGUAAGGAGAAGGAGCACGCACUGCCAGGUUGCGAGGCGCCCAAAGCCCAGCACAUGCGUGGAGAGCCCACCUUGGACCCUGAUGGCCAAGGGAAGGCUUACGUGGGGGAUCAAGAUGUGGCUUUCAGCUGCAGACAGCAAACUGGCAAAGGGACCACCCUGUUCUCCUUCUCCUUGCAGCUCCCCGAGUCAUUCCCCUCUCUCCUCGAUGAUGACGGCUACCUCUCUUUCCCCAACCUCUCUGAAACCAACCUCCUGCCCCAGAGCCUGCAGCAUUACCUCCCCAUCCGCUCCCCGUCCCUCGUGCCCUGUUUCCUCUUCAUCUUUUUCUUCCUGGUCUCCGCCUCCUUCUCAGUGCCAUAUGCCCUCACUCUCUCCUUCCCUCUGGCUCUGUGCCUCUGCUACCUGGAGCCCAAGGCGGCCUCCUUGAGCGCCUCCCUAGACAAUGACCCGAGUGACAGUUCAGAGGAAGAGACUGACAGUGAGCGGACAGACACGGCAGCCGACGGGGAAACCACUGCCACCGAGUCGGACCAGGAGGAAGAUGCAGAGCUCAAGGCACAGAAUAGUCUGAUUAAGCGAAUAAAGGGUGAAAAUGUGUAUGUCAAACAUAGUAAUCUUAUGUUAGAGGAGCUAGAUAAAACUCAAGACGAACUGAUGAAACAUCAAACCAACAUUAGUGAGCUGAAAAGAACUUUCCUAGAAACCUCAACAGACACUGCCGUAACCAAUGAGUGGGAAAAGAGACUCUCCACCUCCCCAGUGCGCCUGGCCGCCAGGCAGGAGGACGCACCCAUGAUCGAACCGCUUGUCCCUGAAGAGACCAAAGAAGAAAGAGAAAUUUCUGAAAAAGUUAUAUUUUUGCAACAAGGAAGCUCUUCAUUCCUUGAGUCUCAGCCGAGUGUGAUCAAGAAAAUGCAGGAAGGAGGCUCUGCUGACUCUAUGGUUACCUCUCGUCAAGUCAUUUUCCAGAAAACUGUCCCAGCGACCCUAGAGACCAAGCAGGCUUCCGGCGAAAAGCUCAUGGACGGCUCUGAGAUCUUCAGUUUGUUAGAGUCUGCCCGAAAGCCAACAGAGUUCAUAGGAGGGGUUGCCUCCACUGCUCAGAGCUGGGUUCAGCAGAAAAUGGAUGCCAAGCCAGAGCCCAGCGAAGCAGAGGCAGAGAGCACCCCUCUGCAGCAGCCUCUGGGUGCAGAGAAGGUGGCGCAGGAGACGGUGCUGGUGGAGGAGAGGCGGGUGAUGAUCGUGCAUGCCAGCGGCGACGCCUCUUCCGCAGCCGGCGACGAAGUGGAGGCCGCCGCCCCGCCCGCCCCGACUGCAGAUGCGCCCGGCACUAAGGCCAAGGAGGGCUCGGGGGUGUCCGAGGGGGCCAAGGAGGAGAGCCGGGAGGACGCCGAGAAAGCCGCGCCCCAGCAGGAGGAGGCAGCAGCUGCACCCCUGGAGCGAGAGGAGGAGCAGAGCGCGGCCAUCCACGUGUCUGAAACUUUGGAACAAAAACCUCAUUUUGAGGUAUCGUCCACUGUGAAGACGGAGACCGUCAGCUUUGGCAGCAUAUCCCCAGGAGGAGUGAAGCUGGACAUGUCUACUAAGGAAGUGCCAGUGGUUCACACGGAAACAAAAACCAUCACCUACGAGUCUUCCCAGGUCGACCCUGGUGCUGACCUGGAGCCGGGCGUGCUGAUGAGCGCACAGACGAUCACAUCCGAAACCACCAGUACCACCACCACCACGCACAUCACCAAAACUGUGAAAGGAGGCAUCUCAGAGACGAGAAUUGAGAAGCGGAUUGUCAUCACAGGGGACGCAGACAUCGACCACGACCAGGCGCUGGCUCAGGCAAUUAAAGAGGCCAAAGAGCAGCACCCUGACAUGUCAGUGACCAAAGUAGUGGUCCAUAAAGAGACAGAGAUCACACCUGAAGAUGGAGAGGAUUGACCGGAGGAAUAACUUAGCUCGCAAGUGAAUCCAGUCAACAUAAACCAUUAGGAAAACCAGAGCCUCUAUGGAGUUGUCUCUUCUAACCCAACUGACUCGCAUCUGUCCGUGGAAAAUUUCAAUCCAGAAGAACUGACCUUGACCAUUGACAAAGACACUGGCAGAGAGAUCUUCCCAUAAUAAAGCAAUCUGAAUCAGCAUCACUAAACUGAUAUUGCAUGAAGCAACGAUAAGAUUACAAAAGAGCAGCAUUUUUAAUUUUCACAAAAUGUCUCAGUUUUCUGCUAUACCUGCACGUUCAUAACCGACAGUAUAAACCGUGAUCUCAUGUAACACAUAAACAGUUCAUGCCUUUCAUAGUUUAUUAUUCAAGUCUCCACAAAAUUACAGUUUCUUAGGUGACAGAAUUUUGUUUACAAAUCCAUGAAGAUUCCUCUAAAAUGCUAGAAGCUGUCUAGGUCCGGUGUUUCCAAUGUACCCCAGAUUAGAUGUGCCAAUGACCGACUUUAUUCAGUAAACAACUUGAAUCUUGUCCUGUUUCUUCUGGUUUAUUCCUCUCACCCAUAAACAUUAAUGACUCUCUGACCCUCUGGAAAUAUUUAAUGCUUAUACUCUUGCUUUGUGUAUCUAAUUUAAUUCAUCAUAAGGUAGUACUGAUUUUAGCAUAUUAAUGUGGUUUCUUCCUUGUCGUCUGCUUUGAUCCAAUCAAUCUGAAAAGCUUUCCAGAGUUUCCUAACAAGUUCUAAAUAUGUAAAUUGUCAGUACUUUGGGAAGCAAAACCUGUAUUUUUGUUAGUUUACAUUAUGGUGAAAUUUCAUUCCAGGAGAACAUAGGCUCCUGUUGCUUUGGUUGUUUUUUUUUUUUUCUUUUGUCCUUGUAUUUUUAAAUUAAUUUUUCUUCUUUGACUUGAAAAAAAGUCCUUUAUUUCCAAAUCCGGUCCCUAUUUACAAUCUAGUUCAGAGCCAAGCCUUAAACUGUACAGAAUUUCACUGUAAUUAAGACUAUUUAGUGUUUAGUUAUAAAUAGCCUUCAGAAAGAUAUAUUCCACAUUACACUGUCAGCCGCAUCCCAGCCCAUGGUGAAUGUAUGUUUCUGCAUAGCAAAAUAAAAAAUGGUAAAUGCAUUGAAA